UUUAUUUCCAAUAAGCCGCACUGCCGUGCGCCCGUGCUGCUGUUUGAUACAUAUUACAGUUUUUAUUAUUAUUAUUAUUCUUUCUUCUGUGUUCCUUUAUUUUCUAUUCGCUGGAACACGGGUAUCCCGCACAAUUACUUAACGCUUAGCACUCAAGCUCUCCAGUACUCCAGCACUCGGCAUCUGUCCCCCAAUAGUAUAACAUUUUUUUAAUCUACACCACUUUUGGGUGACGAAAUCAAUUUUAAUGUCAGAACUACAGUCGGCGCUAUUAUUAAAAAAACAACUGACUGAAUUGCACAAGAACCCAGUUGAAGGGUUCUCUGCUGGUCUCAUAGAUGAUAAUGAUAUUUACAAAUGGGAAGUGCUCAUCAUUGGACCUCCAGACACCUUGUAUGAAGGAGGAUUUUUCAAGGCUCAUCUUAAUUUUCCAAAAGAGUAUCCAUUAAGGCCACCAAAAAUGAAAUUUGUAACUGAAAUUUGGCAUCCUAAUAUUGAUAAAAGUGGUGAUGUUUGUAUAUCAAUACUUCAUGAACCCGGUGAUGAUAAGUGGGGUUAUGAAAAAGCAAGUGAACGUUGGCUACCAGUGCAUACUGUUGAAACUAUAUUGAUAUCAGUAAUUUCAAUGUUAGCUGAUCCAAAUGAUGAAAGUCCAGCUAAUGUAGAUGCAGCUAAAGAUUGGCGUGACAAUUAUCCAGAAUUUAAACGCAAGGUCGCGCGUUGCGUGCGUAAGAGUCAAGAGGAUAUCUAAUAACAAAUUUGCCAGUUGCUCUAUACACAUGUUACCAACGUAUAAAUCAAUUAUUGAUGCCAGGGUAAACAAUAUAGUUCAUUUUACCUUAUAAUGUGUAUAUUUAUUUAUAUUUAUCUACAUUGUGUUUGUCAUCAAUAUAUUAAAAUCAUUUGAACUUAAAAAAAACAUUAAAGACUUACUUAUUCACAGUUAUGUUAUUAGACAAUAGUAAAAGAACAUCAUUUGUAUUUCCUAUAUUCAUGGAUAAAGUGAAAUCAAACAUCCAAUUAUUCGUACAAAUUUACAAUCUUUUUAUUACUAUGUUUUUAAAUUACUAACUUCAUUUUCUGUAUUUAACUAAACUAUAUAUACUAUGUAGGUAAUAAAUUGUUUUUUAAACACAAAUUUAUACAUUAUUUUUCUAAUAAAAGUCAAUUUGACCUUA